AACAAUGUGCACACACAAAAGGCCGAGGCCUUCGUCCUUAAAAUUUACUUGGAAAAUGUGUAGGGAGUUGUUUUUGUUAUGAAAAUUUAAUAAUAGGCGCCUCUAUAUAAAGAUGGCGGAAUGGAAGUAUGACUUAGCUCUUGUAAAUACUGUAUCAGAUAAAAAGAUAAGAGAUCAGCCAUGGUAUAAAGAAAGAUUGAAAACAAGAUUCAUCAAAUCCAAGAAGCCAAAUGAUAUAUCAAAGACUGUCGUGGGAUCCAAGUGGACUUUCUUGCAAAGUGGUUUGGAUGAUUUCCGAGAUGGUCUACCUCCAAGGCUGAAGGAAAAUCCAAUAGUUAAAGGGUCGAAAACUCUGGAGCCAAACAUUUGUGGUGAUAGUGAAACCAAAUUUCCAAAAGUGCAAUCUGUCAAUAGGGGUCGCUUUACCAAAGAAGAAAUAGCUUUUCAAAAAACCACGCCUUUACAACAGCAGCGAAGGGAUCAUAUUAAUGAGAUGGAGUAUGGACUUUUACAGCACCCCUUAGCUUUGUUCCCACACCUCGAAGAAUCUAUGCCACCAGAUGUUUUUGAAGAUGUAAUGGAUGUAUUGGACCCAGAGAUGAAUCUAUCAAGUGAGAUUGAUGAAGAUGAAGAUCAGUUUGAUGAGGAAAUGACAGAAAGUUUAUUAGGAUCUCAGAAGAAUGCAGGGCAGUCAAGCAUCACAUCAAAGAUAGACGAAGAAGAAUCACCUCCCCCAAGGAAUCCAUAUCGUUGGCUCCCUAAGAAAGAAGAUGAGCAAAAGGACGAUAGGAAGAAUACAAAGAAACGCAGUGAAUCCCCAGGCCAGGGUGAGCACAUCAAAGUCGUUACGAAGGAGUUCUGUGAAUGGGUGGCUGGGGUUGGAGGUGAGAGCCACAAUAUUGAAGAAUCUACAAUUCAUAGCCUGUUUGCCAGUGGGUAUGAAACGAAGCCUGCCCUCUCAGUUCCUAUACAUGUUGUGGAGUUAACAAAUGUUCCACCCGAGCUUCGAAUGACAGCAACGAUAUCUCAGGAAGAAACACUAACACAAACAUUAGAAGAUGUUGAAAAAACUCAAAAGAAAUUGUAUGGUCAAACUGGCUACAGUCCCAGCUGGGUCAAAAUGAAAUAUGGUGCCUGGUAUUUAGAUCCCAAAGACUGGAAAAGAAGAGGAGCCAGUGAGCCACUUGAAGACCCACAAGCCUUGAAGGAUAAAGAGAUGUCGGAUUCCAAGAAGAAGAGUCUAAGUAUGGACGAGCAGCUUGCGCCGUUGCAUGGCUCCAAGUCUUUCAAACACUUCAUAGAGAAGAAGAAUACAAGGAUGCCAGAGUUUUUAGAGCGGGUAGCCGAGUUCCAAGCUCAGGCAGCCGCUGAAGCCGAGGCUGCAGCUAAAGCAGCAGACGCUGGCAGAGACAACUCUCGUAGGAUCCGUAGCGGGAGGACAGUGUCGGCCUCCUGAGGCCUAAACCUCCAUUAUCACAUCCACUAAUUGCAGCUAUUCAACAAGUUAAAAUUAAUACUGUUAUUGAAAAUUGUUAUUGCACAACACAAGUUUUAUUGUUAAAAUUCCUGUGUAAAAAUAUUUAUAUAUUUUGUAAAUAAACUAUAUGUGAAAUGUA